AAGAGAAAGCAAUAUUAAGUUGAAAAGAGAUAAUUUAUAUUGUGACACAGGCCUCACAUUGGUCAUUACCGCCAUGGCUGCAUUUGCAGGUGUAGUUAGCAAGCAUAGUCCCAUUGCCCUAAUUGGCAAUUGCAGUGGUAACAAGAUAAGCAUUCCAAGGCCUGUAUGUGUUGUAACUGUUGAAGGUGAAAGGCAAUUGCGCUUGCCACCAAUGAGGGCUGUUAAUGUUGGCGGAUUUGAGCCUGAUAUAUCGGAGGAACCCAUCGACUAUUACCGCACUCCUGGAGUUUCUGAGGAAGAUUUCCCUUAUGGAUAUGCUGAUGGAGCUCACACCUGGCAUGAAGGAGACGAUGGAGAUUUUAAAGAAGAAUUUUUGAAGGUUUUCAAAGAAUCAGGAGGACCUAGUGGUUUUCAAGGUGCUAUAUCGUGGCUUUUUCUACCUGGACUUGUUGGUGGAAUGGUAUUAAAUGUUCCGGGGGACUAUUUGUAUAUAUAUACGACACUCUUUGUUUUUGCUUUCAUUGGAAUUGAGAUGGCCAAGCCAGACCAUCCUUUCAACUUUGAGCCAAAAAUCUAUAAUAUGGAACGCAAGGCACGAGACAAAUUUAUGGAAGACUAUAAUUCCAUGAGCAUUUGGGAAUUCAAUGAAAAGUACAAGGAUGAAUAGAUAAUUAUACAAUUGUAAAACUAGUUUCAAGACUCUAAGUAACGACUAUUUAUGUGACAAUGAUGUAUAUUGUGUUCCUAUUAUUACUCAACCACUUCUAUUCCAUAAGGUGAUAAUGGAGGAUUACCUCAAAGAGGGAUUUUGAAUUUCAAUGCCAAACAUUUAUGGGUAAACAUACCCACAAAGUUUAUUCAUAUAUGCUCAAAUAAUUUUUGAUGUACUAAACAAACUUUAACACUUUAAUAGUUGAAGGAUUUUCUCUAUAAAAUCCAUUGGACA